AUGGGGGAAAAUACCCCGCCAUGGGGAAAGUCCCCAAUCCCAUCAAGCUCCAAUCAAAGACAAAUCCCUGAAUGGAUGGAUCCGAACGGAGCACACGGACCGAUUAAGUUCCUGCUGCUCAAACCCGCCCCAAACAGCAAACUGCCGACUUACCCAUUCAUAAUUUCAAAAACCGUCGAGCUCGCCGCCGGGCAAAUCGUAGGAGGACACCCGUGCGACCAAGGACAAGCUUAUCUGCUCAAAGUACGAUCCCAAAAGCAAAUUGACAAACUGUUAUCCGUCAAACAGUUGAUUGAUUCAACUCCCGUCACCGUAGAGCUCCACCCAACACUCAACAGCUGCAAAUGCGUGGUAACUUGCCGGGAAGUUGCUGGCGCUACUGACGAGGCAUUAACCAAAGACCUUGCCAAUCAAGGGGUAACCAACGUGUACCGAUUUACCAGAAAGAUUGACGGAAAAAUUCAACCCACCAACACCUUUGUCCUAACCAUCCAAGGAACCCUAGUUCCCACCCACAUCCGAUUCGGCUUCAUUCAAGCUCAAACCCGUCCGUACUACUCUCGACCAAUGACUUGCUUGCAGUGUGGCAUACUUGGACACACCAAAAAGCACUGCAAGAAUGAUGUCACCUGCCUUAACUGCGGAGAAAAGCAAAGCCACAAAGACUGCCAAAAAACACCCCACUGCGUAAAUUGCCAAGGCUCCCACCCCAGCAACAGCCGAUCUUGCCCUGCCUUCCAGGCCGAGCAGGAGAUAAUUAAAAUCAGGACCGACAAGGGCAUUUCACACAACGAAGCUGUUAAAGAAUAUCGUCUCCGCCAAAACCAAACAACAUCAGUCCAACAGCGACUCAACCAAGCCAGCCUAAAUUCCGCAAUCAACGACAAGAACAAGGAAAUAUCAGAACUCAAACAAUUGGUAGCCUUUCUCACCACCCAAAUUGAGAAACUCACAAGCCAAGUGAAAAACCAAAAUCAACCGGAUCCAGGAUCACACGAGGAAUCUGACAGCGACACCGACAUGACCAGUAACAGCUCCACAGUUAGCACAAUCUCCACACCCAAGCGCUUUUGGAAGACAUCCUCCGAAGACUCCCCCACCGGAGGUGACCCCAUAAAAAGCCAAACUAAGGAACGACCCAAGAAAAAACGAUCGCGCGGUCAGAAAAAUCAAGCUCUCCCAUCCACUUCGCAAACCACCCAGCCAGGUAAAACUACAACACCAGACCCCUCCAAGCAGUUCGGAUACAAUCUACAUACGAUAUCCGACCCAUCAUCACGCCAAGGCGCCGGUCUAGCCGUAAAAAUCAACACCCCAUACAAACUCCUCAACAUCAACACCACUUUAAACGCAGUCUGUGUCAGAGUCCACACACCGAUAGACAUAACCGUCGUAUCCCUCUACAUUCCUCCACAACUGCCCUACCAUCAGUUCACAAGUGAAAUAGAGCAUCUCUUAUCCGAGCUUCCACCCCCUUUCAUCAUCAUGGGUGACCUAAACGCCCACUCCACUUGCUGGGGCAGUUCCCACACCACCAAUAAAGGCUCCUUUUUGGAAGACCUAGCCUUAAGCCGAAACUUGACUAUUUUAAACAACUUGCAACCAACCAGAAUAGACCCUGCCUCCGGCAAUAUGUCCGCUAUCGACAUCACACUGGUCUCAUGGGAGCUCGGACCAAAGUUUGGUUGGCAAAUUUUUGACGACACCUUCGGCAGUGACCAUUUCCCUAUCUUGAUUAAGCUCGAACACCCUACACCUAAAUCCGCGACCAGACCUCGCUGGAAGUACGACGAGGCAGACUGGAUAGGAUACCAAAUUGAAGUCGAUAAAUCCCUAGCCCUUGAAACAUCGUUAUGCAUCCCCUCCUUCACAAAAAUACUUUUGGAAGCAGGAACUAAAAACAUCCCGAGGACCAGCGGCGUCCCCGGCAAGACUGCAGUCCCUUGGUGGGGUCCAGAAGUCCGUUCCGCCAUUAAAAAAAGGCGAAAAGCACUACGAUACCUGAAAAGAAUUCCAAAUGAUGAUCCUAGAAAACAACAGGCACUCUCAGAAUUCAAGACAGCCCGUUCACUAGCCAGAGCCGUAGUUCGCACCGCCAAAGCCAACAGCUGGCAGAAAUUCACAGAAGAGGUUCAUCCAAACACCCCAACCAAUGUUCUCUGGAACAAAAUAAAAAUACUCAACGGCGAACACCGAAGCAAUCCCUUCCAUCUUCUCCUGAACCAGAAAUACAUAAACGACCCUUCCACCCUAGCCAACUCCUUCUGCUCCCACUUUGCAUCCAUAUCAUCUCCCUCAAACACCACUAUGCUACCUUUGCCAACAAACCCAUCCCUGAACGAAAGGAUCUAUAACACCAACUUCUCUUUCGACGAACUUGAGGCAGCUUUGAGGAAAGUCAAGGGCCUCUCAGCCGGCCCCGACGAUAUUGGUUACCCCUUUUUAAAAAACCUAUCACUCACCGGCAAAACAACGCUUCUCCAUAUCUUCAAUAAAAUCUGGAUAAAUGACACUUUCCCCAACUGCUGGAAACUGGGUCUAGUCAUCCCUAUAGUAAAGCCUAAACAAGAUCCUCACCUCCUGGAUAGCUACAGACCCAUUACUUUGCUGGCCUGCACUGGCAAGAUAAUGGAACGAAUGGUAAACCGACGACUCCACGCCAUUCUCGAAGGACAUCGCCAAUAUGCCUUUCGUAGUGGUCGAUCCACCGACGACUAUUUUCAAGAAUUAGAAAUGCUUCUUGAUUCACCCUCCCAAAGGAACUACCAUACAGAGUGUGCCUCGCUCGACCUGUCUAAAGCAUUCGACCGUGUCGACAGAGUCGCUAUCAUAAAUCAACUGAACGAAUGGGGAAUAGUAGGAAGGAUAAUGCACUACAUAACCGACUUUCUAUCAGACCGCAGCAUCCAAGUCCUCGUAAACGGCACACGCUCCGAAAAAAUAACAGUCCACGGAGGGGUCCCUCAAGGAUCAGUGAUAGCCCCCACCCUAUUCCUCAUCGCAAUCAACUCCAUCUUCCAAAAAAUCCCGCCAAACAUACAAGCACUGGUCUACGCAGACGACAUUCUGCUCAUAUCAACAUCAGCCUUUCCCAAGACUACCAGGAAAAGACUCCAAGAAGCCUUGACCGAAAUAGCAAACUGGGCACCCACUGUGGGCUUCCAGUUCUCACCCAGUAAAUCCUGCCUCCUACAUAUCGGUCCAAAUCGAAGAAAACUCAAGAAAUUGCCCGACCUCACCAUCAACAACCAAAUAAUACCACUGACCCGCUCCACCCGCCUACUUGGUAUUUGGAUGGAUGACCGACUAAACUUCAAUCUUCAUCUGAACCAGAUUCGAAAGAAUGCCAAAGCUAAGUUAUCCAUCCUUCAAAUCCUAGCCAACAAAACCAGCCAGGCCCACAGAGACUCCCUCUUUCGCUUCCUCCACGGUUGGUUUCUUCCUUCAAUCCUACACGGGCUGGGCCUACUCAGCCGAGCUAGUUCAGAAAUCAUCAACAAAUUGGAACCUCUGUACAAUAGCUGCAUACGAAUCAUUGGCUCCGCUUUCUGCACCAGCCCAAUCAGUUCACUGAUGGCUGAGAGCGGCCAAACCCCAUUCCAAUGCACAAUCGCUAAACUUCUAUCAUCAAAAGCCGUGCGUUGGCUCUCAAAUGGGGGCUCCAGCGAAUACCAAAUGGUUGCUAGAACGAACACCCUCCUCUCCAACCUGACGGGCAACGAAAUCCCACCGAUCUGCCCCAGACCAGAACCUCGUAUUAGUUUCUGGAACGAUAAAACUCCCACAGUAAAUUUAAGCCUGAUGCGAGUUAUUAAAAAAAAUGAUCCCCCAACAAUCAUUCAAGCCCACUUUAGACAGCUGGUGGAACAUAAAUUUGGCCACCUCCCUCACGCAUACACAGAUGGUUCCAAAACCAACAACGGCCGAGUCGGGAGCGGCGUAUACAAUGGUAACAACAAUCUAAGCCUACCUAUCCCAUCGCAAUGUUCGGUCUUCAGCUCCGAGGCGUUCGCAAUACUAAAAGCAGCUGAAACAUACGAUCCAAAAACUGUCAUCUUCAGCGAUUCGGCCAGUGUGCUCUCCGCCUUGUCACACGGCAACAUUAAACACCCUUGGCUACCAACCAUCACCAAAAUAGCUCUCCAAAAGCAAAUCACCCUUUGCUGGGUACCGGGGCAUGCCGGAAUCCCCGGUAACGAAGCCGCCGAUCGACUUGCAGCUGCAGCCACGCUUUCGGAUCCCCCGCCGAUAGCCAUUCCUCAACAAGAUGCCCUCAACUUCAUAAGAAGAUCUCUACAAGAAUCCUGGGACAUCGAAUGGAACUCCAAUCUCCAUGCAAAGUUGCGUGAAAUAAAAAACUCCACGGUCAAAUGGACAGACAGACCGACCCAAAAUGAAAGAAGGGCUCUUACCCGCCUCCGUAUCGGCCACACUCGCCUCACACACGAACAUCUUUUAACUAAAAGCCACCCUCCAAUCUGCCCAUGCUGCGACACAGAAAUCACCAUCAAACACAUCUUGGUUACAUGUCCUCAAUACCAUCUUAUCAGACAGACCUGCCGUCUUGCAACAAGCCUAAGGGAAAUUUUAAGUAACUGCCCGGAAGAAGAGACCAAGGUUCUGGCUUUCCUUCGGAAAGCCAAACUUUUGCAUAAAGUCUGA